CGGCACGCUGAGCCACUUCCGGCGGCACGCUGAGCCGCUUCCGGAAAGGCGGGGCCAAAAUGGCGGCGGGGCCUGAGGGGGUCCCGGGGGUCUGCGGGAGCGAGGAGGGCUCAGAGACCCCCGGGACCCCCCCGGGUUCCCCCGCGGAGCUGCCGCGGGUGCGGCGGCAGCGCGGGCGGUUCCUGCUCUGGUCUCCGCGCGCGGCGCGGGCGCUGCGGGAGCGGCAGCGCGUGUGGGGAGCGCUGGUCGGGACCCCCCAGAGGCGGGGCCGAGCGGGGGCGGCGGGGCCGCGGCUGCCGCUACAGCUCCGGCCGGAGGAGGCGCGGGCGCUGCGGGAGAGCGGCGGAGCCACCGUGGAGGCGGUUGACGAGGCUGAAGCGGAGCCCGAGGAGACCCCGGCAGAGCCCUCCCCCCCCAGCGAACGGCGCUUCCGCGUGUUCCGGGAGCUGUGGGGGAGGGGCCUGCACCUCACCCCGGGCGGGAAAUUCGGGGGCGACUUCCUGGUGUACCCCGGCCCCCCCUCGCAGUUCCACGCAGGCGCGGUCGCGCUGUGUCCCUGCAGUUCCGCCCCGCAGCCGCUGGGGGCGCUGCUCGCGGCCGCGCGCCUGGGCACGAGCGUGCGCAAAGCGCUGCUGCUCUGCCGCGCGCCGCCAGGGGGCGCCCUGGCCUGCACCGCGCUCACGUGGCGCGCCGACCUCACGUGACCCUCGCCACGUGAUGCCUUUUCCCGCGCUUUUGGUCACAUGACUGCGGCGCGAUAUUCCCUCGUCACGUGAUGUUUACCGCGCUUUUACUCAUCACGUGACGACACCGCGUGACUCCCUCAUCACGUGAUGUUUACCGCGCUUUUACUCGUCACGUGACUGCAUGCAUGUGAGGGUUUUCCCUGAAAUAAAUAAUUCCGUUAUAUUUUUUAUUUUAACCAUAAAAAUAAAACCGAUUUUUGUGGUA